CGGGGCCGCGGUGUGGGAGCGGGUGUGAGACCGCCGUGCGAGCCGCGGGAAUGUUCCGAAAGGCCCGGCGAGUGAACGUGCGCAAGCGGAAUGACUCGGAGGAGGAGGAGCGAGAGCGCGAUGAGGAGCAGGAGCCGCCACCGUUGCUGCCGCCGCCGGGCACCGGCGAAGAACCGGGCUCUGGCGGCGGCGGCGACAGGGCCCCUGGGGGGGAGUCGCUGCAGGGCCCCGGGCUGCUGCCGCCUUCCGCGCUGACCCCGGGCUCCGGGGCUGAGGCCGGGGGCUGCUUUCCCGGCGGCGCGGAGCCCGGCAAUGGGCUGAAGCCGCGCAAGAGGCCGCGAGAGAACAAAGAGGUACCCCGCGCCAGCCUGCUCAGCUUCCAGGACGAGGAGGAAGAAAACGAAGAAGUUUUCAAAGUGAAGAAAUCAAGUUACAGCAAAAAGAUAGUAAAGUUACUUAAGAAAGAAUAUAAAGAAGAUCUUGAAAAAUCAAAGAUUAAAACAGAACUCAACUCAUCAACAGACAGUGAACCACCUUUGGACAAAACAGGACAUGUUAAGGACACCAGUCAAGAGGAUGGACUGAUCAUCAGUGAACACGGUGAAGAUGAAAUGGAUAUGGAAAGUGAGAAGGAGGAAGAAAAGCCGAAAGCUGGUGGAGCCUUUUCAAAUGCUUUAUCUUCUUUGAAUGUUCUCCGUCCAGGAGAAAUUCCCGAUGCAGCUUUUAUACAUGCUGCAAGGAAGAAGCGCCAAAUGGCCCGAGAAUUAGGAGAUUUCACUCCUCAUGAUAAUGAGCCUGGUAAAGGCCGCCUUGUUAGAGAAGACGAGAAUGAUGCCAGUGAUGAUGAAGAUGAUGAUGAGAAGCGCCGCAUAGUUUUUUCUGUGAAGGAAAAGUCACAAAGACAAAAAAUCGCUGAGGAAAUAGGCAUCGAGGGGAGCGAUGAUGAUGCCUUAGUAACUGGAGAACAAGAUGAAGAGCUCAGCCGAUGGGAACAGGAGCAAAUAAGAAAAGGAAUUAAUAUCCCUCAGGUUCAAUCAAGUCAGCCCACUGAAGUGAAUAUGUACUACCAGAACACUUACCAGACGAUGCCUUACGGUUCCUCCUAUGGCAUUCCUUAUAGUUAUACUGCUUACGGAUCAUCUGAUGCCAAAUCUCAAAAAACAGAUAAUACAGUCCCUUUCAAAACUCCCAGUAAUGAGAUGACUCCCGUUACUAUUGAUUUGGUAAAGAAACAGCUUAAAGACAGGUUGGACUCCAUGAAAGAACUGCACAAAACAAAUCGACAGCAGCAUGAGAAACAUCUGCAAAGCCGAGUGGACUCUACCAGGGCUAUUGAAAGAUUAGAAGGGUCUUCUGGGGGUAUUGGUGAACGGUAUAAAUUUUUGCAAGAAAUGCGAGGGUAUGUCCAAGACUUGCUUGAGUGUUUCAGUGAAAAGGUGCCACUGAUUAAUGAACUUGAAUCAGCAAUACAUCAGCUGUACAAACAGCGAGCUUCCCGCCUUGUCCAAAGACGACAAGAUGAUAUUAAAGAUGAAUCUUCGGAGUUUUCAAGCCAUUCAAAUAAAGCUCUGAUGGCACCAAAUCUUGAUUCCUUUGGGCGAGAUCGGGCACUGUAUCAAGAGCAUGCAAAACGUAGGAUUGCAGAACGGGAGGCCAGGAGGACUCGUCGGAGACAAGCCAGAGAGCAAACCGGUAAGAUGGCAGAUCACCUUGAAGGCCUUUCCAGUGAUGAUGAAGAAACUUCUACAGAUAUUACAAAUUUCAAUCUGGAAAAAGAUCGCAUUUCAAAAGAGUCCAGCAAGGUUUUUGAAGAUGUCCUUGAAAGUUUCUAUUCAAUCGACUGUAUUAAGUCCCAGUUUGAGGCAUGGCGUUCAAAAUACUAUUUGUCCUACAAGGAUGCUUACAUCGGUCUUUGUUUGCCAAAGCUAUUCAACCCCCUUAUACGGCUGCAGCUUCUCACUUGGACUCCUCUUGAAGCAAAAUGUCGUGACUUUGAGAAUAUGCUAUGGUUUGAAUCUUUGCUGUUUUAUGGUUGUGAAGAACGAGAGCAAGAGAAAGAUGAUGUAGACAUUGCGCUGCUGCCCACCAUUGUGGAAAAGGUGAUUCUUCCGAAACUAACAGUAAUAGCUGAAAAUAUGUGGGACCCUUUUUCUACAACACAGACUUCAAGAAUGGUUGGAAUUACACUAAAAUUAAUAAAUGGAUAUCCUUCAGUAGUGAAUGCAGAAAACAAAAAUACACAGGUGUACCUAAAAGCCCUCUUACUAAGAAUGAGGAGAACUUUAGAUGAUGAUGUUUUCAUGCCCUUAUAUCCCAAAAAUGUCUUGGAAAAUAAAAAUUCUGGGCCUUACUUGUUUUUUCAACGACAGUUUUGGUCUUCAGUUAAGCUAUUAGGGAAUUUUCUUCAGUGGUAUGGCAUUUUCUCGAAUAAAACUCUUCAGGAAUUGUCAAUAGAUGGUUUAUUAAAUAGAUACAUUCUCAUGGCUUUUCAGAAUUCAGAAUAUGGAGAUGACAGCAUCAAAAAAGCCCAAAAUGUAAUAAACUGUUUCCCAAAGCAGUGGUUCAUGAACCUGAAAGGAGAAAGAACUAUUUCUCAGUUAGAAAACUUCUGUCGGUACCUUGUACACUUAGCCGACACAAUCUAUAGAAACAGUAUCGGGUGUUCCGAUGUGGAAAAAAGAAAUGCAAGGGAAAACAUAAAACAGAUAGUAAAACUCCUUGCAAGUGUUCGCGCUCUGGAUCAUGCUAUGUCAGUUGCAAGUGACCACAAUGUGAAAGAAUUUAAGUCUUUGAUUGAAGGAAAAUAGACCCUGUUUGCUUUAAUACCAUUCCCAGUGUAUAAAUUUUGUAUAUAUGUAAAGUUUCUUAAACUGUAAAAUACUGAUUCUUGUUUUAAUACAAAGAACAUUAAUAUUCA